AUGUCUGUUGGGGUGUUGGCUGUUGAGGCAACGUCUUAGCAACGGCUGUAGAAGCCAACAAUUGUCGAUGUCGAUCUGUUAGAGCUAUUAUGGAAACUUCUACUGGGGUGGCCUCUACUGGUGUGACGUGUCUUAAGGGCGACACUCAUUGGGUGUGGCCUUUUGAGGGCGCCUACUGAGGACGCCAGCAAAGCAGCAUUGUGAUGUGUGCGUCCUUGAGGUCCUGUUACCCAGGUGUCUAGGGCCUUGGCUCAGUCUUGUUCAGGACACUGGAGGAGACGGUCGCAGAAAAGGAGGCCUGAAGACAGUCCGCUACCCCAGUCCCCAGCCCUUGGGGGCUGCUGGGUAGCCAUGGACUUGUACCUAAGCAACUGUUUAAAGGCUGCCGAAGCUGCUGCUGCCAAAGCGGCUUCCGGCAACCUACCAAAUGACAAAAGCACAUGUAAUAACAAAAAACAGAAACCUAUCAUUCCAAAGAUUGGAGCAGCUAAUCUGUUGGAUUUGCCCCUCGGGGCUAAACUGCCAGUUAUCCCAGGAAGUACUAAUAUAUUCUACACAACAAAUAUAAGUGAAAAGCUUUACCAGCCUUCUUUUGGUUUUAACCUUAGUGAUCCAUAUUGUAAACUCAUGGAAACCACCUACAAAAGUCUUCAUGAUCCACACCUAAAAUCAUACUUCAGACGAAAAGACAUUCUCAAGAAACUAAGAAAAGGAGGAUACAUCACCAACAAUAACAAAGUCGUAUGUACACUGAAAGAACUCAACAAAUACAGACAAUACCUUACCACCUUAAAAAUUGACUUUGAACGAAAUUAUGUAAGGGAACAAAAAAUAAUAGAAAAUCAGGUAAGACAACUGAACGAAGAGAGACAAGCUUGUGACAAUGCUGCCGCUGCCGAGUUUCAGCGGUGGUUGUUACAAGAAGGGAAAAAACCCAGCCCUCAUCAUGACCGCUUGAUUAAACUCAGACACUUAAAUAUGAUUAACAAAGAACUCGACAAAAUUGAAGACACUUUGGGAAGACGAAGUACAAUACAGAUGAAAGAAGUCGACAGACAACAUUGGGAUGAUGUUAGAAGAAGGCUGAAUUUACACCAAGAAGUUGAACAGGAAUGGCAAUCCAAGGAGAUGUCCCUUCUGACAAAGAUCGGAGAAGAAGUUGGGAGAGAAACAAAAGUUGAAGAACAUCGCAGGAAAAUCAGAGAAGAAAUUAACCGAAAGAAACAAGUAAUGCUACAGAAGAGAAUUGCCUACCAUUUACAAAAACUUCAAAAGAAAGAUAGCAAAGAUGAAAAGCAGGAGUCAAGUGUCUCUGAAAGCAAAAGACAAAGUGAAACAGCUUCAACAACUCAAAAGCAACCAAGUUUCUCAGAGCCGAAAAUGCCUCAAGAACAACCGGAACAAAAAUCAUCUAUAUCAAGUAUACAGACAAGCGUCUCUGAGAGACUGAUGCAAGAAUCGAGAGAAUCAAAAUCAGCCUCACAAAUGACACGGACCAGUUUUGAGGAGGACCGAUCUUCACUUUACGAAUUUCUGGAUACAAGAUUUUCUCCAGCAGACACAAGGAGAUCGAGUUUUGCUGAGGAGCACGCAUAUCAAGACGUUUUGGGACAAAAACAUUAUCACCACUCCAGUGGGAAGAAAACAAGUUUCGCCGAUGACACAUUGUUUCAUGAACAUAGUGAACAAAAAUAUGGUCCAUCAGCCACCAAAAGAACGAGUUUUGCUGAUAAGAAAUUUAUGGAAGACCUUCUAGAAGCAAAAUAUCUUUAUCAAAAUACUAAGAGAACAAGUUUUGCCGACCAGAAACUGAUGGAAGACAACUUAGAACCAAUAUUGACUUCACCAAAUGCAAGAACAAGCCUUUCAGACCAGGGAUUGUUUUAUGAACCUAUCAAACCAAAAUCAGCACCACCAAUAAUAAAGAAAACAAGUUUUGCUGAAGAAAAAUCAUUUCAACAACUUAUGGAAGCAAUAAGGCCUCCACAGUACAUAAAGAAAACAAGUUUCACUGACCAGAAACCAUCUCAAGAAUCUUUGGAAUCCAGACGAUCAAGUCAUCAUUCUCAAAAUAACACGAAGGUUUUUGUUAAGACAUCAACAACUUCACUACCUCAACAGAGGGAUAUGCAAGAAACAACAGAUAUUGAGUGUAAUAAAGGAACUGCAGGGGCAUCAUUUCAUUCACAUGACAGAGGCAUGAAAAGAAUCUCAAAUCCUGUUCUAUCUCACUCUCAACAAUCAACGGUACUUUCCAGACAAUCGUAUCCUAAUAUUCCAACACAAGAAGUAGACCCUUCUUUUCGACGAAACACAUAUAAACAUAGCAAGUGAUUUAUGAAGUUAAAAUCGUGAUUAAUGUAAAAAUUUCAUUCAUUAAAUGAAAAUUUAAAAAACCUC